AAAGAAUGAUAAUAAAAAGGGAUUUUGGACCAAUCGGAAAUAAGGAAGUUUAAUGACGUAUUCAACCCAAGACGUUAUGCAGCAGUGUGACCUGGUUUGCAGUCUACGUUGAACAAAGUGCAGAUUUAAUUAGAUAUAAUGGGUCGGUCUUCAAGUAGAUCCAAAAGUAGAAGUCGAAGCGGCAGUGGUGGAAGCAGAAGCCGCAGUGGGUCAGCAGAUAAAAAACGCAGAAGCUACAGUCGAAGUCCAGCAUCAGAUGAUGAAAAUAAAUGUAGAGUACACAUUGCUGACUUAGGUCUAGAUCCUUCAAAGUCAGAGAUUUACAGAGCAUUUGAAAAGUUUGGACCUUUAAGGGAAAUUUGGGUGGCGAGAAUUCCACCAUGUUUUGCAUUUGUGGUUUACAAAUAUAAAGAUGAUGCCUGUGAAGCUGUUCGAAAAAUGGAUGGAGAAUCUUUGAAUGGAAAGAGAAUAAGAGUCUCAAUAGCAAAGCCAAGAAUGAAAGGUUCCAGAGGAAUGCCACCAGGAGGUGGUCGAAACAGACGAUGUUAUGAGUGUCUUGAAUUUGGUCAUCUUGCAAGGGACUGUGUAAAAAGCUCCAACAACCGUCGAAGAAAUAGGUCUAGGUCACGAUCUCGAGAAAGAUAUGAACGCCGCAGAUCUAGAUCAAGAUCUGGCAGUCAAAGUAGGUACAGAAGAAACAGAAGUCGAAGCCGCCAGCGAGAUAGAAGUGGAAGUCGUGACAGAAGGUCAUACAACAGAAGAAGUACAAGUAGGGGGAGAGAAAGCAGAUCAGCCAGAGAUAGGAGCCGGGAUCGUAAAGAAAGAAGUAAUAGUAGAGAUCGGGACUCUAAACUAGAUCGAAGUGGUGAUAGUGACAAAAUCGGGGAUAGGAAACGUGAUGAAAAGAGUAAAAGAGAGAGUAAAGAGAAGAAAGUUGAGGAGGAGGAGGAGAAGAGGAGCAGAGAAAGUGUUGAGAGGCCCAGCGAUGUAGAAAAAAGGCAAAGUGCAAGUCCUGAACACAAACACAGUGGAGGUGAAGAAAGUAAUCAUGAGCUAGAAUCAAGGGGGAGGAAAAGAAGUAUUAGUGACGGAGAUCGAAGUCGGUCAGCAAGCCCAUUAGCUAAACGGAACAGUCAGGAGGAGGAAGAUGACAGAGCAAGCAGCCCAAGAGAUGCAGAAGAUUCUAAUAUGGACAAUGACAAAGAAGACAAUUAAAAGAAUUUGUUGUAUACUUGAUGUUGGUGUGAUGAUGAUGAUGAAACCAAUGGCUCAGAAACUGGUUCUGAUGCACAAAGAAUAAUCAGAUGCAUUUUUCUGUAGACAGUUGUAAGAAAAAGGAAUAUUCUAUGGUACUAUCAUCAUUUUUUAUUGCUCAUUGUUCACUAUCAUUUUUUUUCUUUACCAUGAUUUCAACAUUUGUUGGCAUCAUUUUAUGAGAAGAACAUUAAACACAUGAAAACUGUGUGCUCUAAUACCAUCAGUACAAUCAUUACUGUAGUCUAUGUUGUAGUAGGUCUACAUGCACUGGAAUCACUACUGCCCUAUGUUGUAAACAUUUUAAUUGGAAAGCACAUUUUUUUCCUUUUUUUCUUUGGUCACUUUGAAGAAAUGUAAAAUAAAUAAUUAUUGUUGA